UCUCCUGAGGGAGUUUCCGUGGGCAAUCGAAUCCCUGGUGAUUAAGUAAAACGGGAUUAUCUAUCAUGGUUCGCCCCACCCUUAAUGAAUCGAUGCGCUGAUUGGGUAACUGGCCGAGAAGGCCGGCGUUUCUUCCAGCUCUUCUAUGGAGAGACAUCUCUCCUCCUGCCGGGGUUUGAGAGCCAGUCGCCAACUGAGGAGGACGAGGGCGAGAAGGCUUCAAGGAGACUUCUGAAUACUGAAUCUAUUAUUGAGGAAAAGCAAGAGGAAGUUCCUUUCCAUCGGGGUCAAUUGGGCACCCACUUCUAGAAGCAUUUGCCCAGAGUCCUACUGGAAAAUUCUACAGUCAGUAUGGCUGAGAACCAGACAAGGGGUCGUGGCCACUUCACAGACAGCCCCGGAGCAGAGUCGCCAGCGUCUGCGCCAAGCCAGGACACCGGAAGGGAAAACCCGGGCUCCGACGUUGAAGAGUUGCGCAUCUGCUUCAGGAAGUUUAGCAGCUCGGACGAAUCCGACCCGAUCAAGGCUCUGAGGAGACUCCGUGAACUCUGCGGUCUGUGGCUGAGGCCGGAUCUUCACACCAAGGAGCAGAUGCUGGACAGGCUGGUGCUGGAGCAGUUCGUGACGUGCAUGCCGCCGGAGAUCCAGGACUUAGUCAAAAGAAGCGGUGCCGAGACGUGUGAGGACCUGGAGGAGGUGCUGAGAAAUAAGCAGCAACUGAAGAAAUGGACUGUAGUCCGUGUCCAAGACCAGGAAUUUUUGAUCCAAGACUUGGGUGUUGAGAUAUUAGAAGUGGAGGUCAGAGACAUGCAUGAUGACGGAGACCGAUCCAGGGAGCCCCAGUCUACAGCCAGUGCCGUUGCUCCAGACGAGGGCCAGCGGGAAAGCUGGGAGGCGCAGCAGCUGCCAGGAGCCAAGGACCUGUUGAGGGGGCAGGUCACCCUCCGUGAUGAAGACAAAUCCAGGCAACUAUCAACAAGUGGUGAGGACCAGAAAGCUCUCCCGCCAGAGACCAUUCCUGAAACAGGUGAGCUGGAGGGUCAGACGCCCUCCAAGGAGAACUUGGAGAAGGACCUGCUGGAAGACACAGGAAUGAUAAGAACCCUUCCGUCUCAAGAGCCUGAACUUCUGCAGGAUUGUGAGGGAGACGUUUCCACUACGAGUGGAUCCAGAAGAGGUCCUCUGAAGAAUCGCAGACGUGUCAAAAGGAAACGGGACAGUAGUCCCACUUGCCAAGACGUGCGUCAAGAGGCAGCCACAUGUUUGGACCAAGGAGAGUUCUCAGGACAGCUUGGGUCCCAUUCCCUUGGUUCCUCUGGCACCGUGGGACCCACCAGUCUUCCUGAGGGAGCAGAAACCCCGGGACGGGCACUCUCUGAAUGCAGGGUGUGCAAAAAGAGCUUUCUUUAUCAAUCUCAGCUUGCCCUGCACCAGAGGACACACACAAGAGAGAGGCCCUUUCACUGCGACAUCUGCGACAAAAGGUUCAUACAGCCUUCGGACCUGCGGGUUCACGAGCGGAUCCACACGGGCGAGAAGCCCUAUGGCUGUGAUCUCUGCCCCAAGAGGUUCACCCACGACUCCACACUGCGUGCUCACAGGAGGACCCACACCCAGGAGAAGCCUUUCCGCUGUGAGCAGUGCGACAGAGCUUUCGGCCACCGCGGGAACCUCAACGUUCACCAGCGCACCCACUCUGGGCUCAAGCCCUACGUGUGCCCCGAGUGCCACGGCGCCUUCCGUCAGGUGGGGACCUUCAGACGCCACCAGAAAAUCCACUCCAGAUGAUUCACCCAGGACCCCACCGUCAGGCCCGAGGCGUUUCUGUUUUAAGGAGGAGAUUUAGCAUAAUUUGUCACCUGUGUGAUACAAAGUGUGGAUGACGUGCGAAGAGCUUAGGAGGAUACUGGAACCAGCAGGGUUCCGUGCGCGUGAAUUAGGAUAUUUGAGUGAUGACUUACUUUUCCAUUUGGAUUUUGUUUUCUGCUUUGCUAUAGACUAUAGUUUUCUUUUUCAUUUGUUUAUUUUCAAUUGGAGGAUAAUUGCCUUACAAUGUUAGACUGUGGUUUUCUCACAUGUUUUUGCUUUGUGCUGUUCUUGUUCUUCCAGUGAAGACAUGUUUCCCUGGUUAUCAGCACUUCAUCAUGAGAGUGAGGCUACUGCUGAUUGCCUUCUUGCCAGGCGUGAUUUCCUUGUAAAAUAGGAUGCUCCUGGCAGGACGGCUAGAUUAAAUACAGGAUCACCAGUGAAAUUUAAAUUUCAAAUAAACACAUUUCUAUCAAA